AUUCUUCAUAUAUUUCGUAUCUUGCAUUUGCAUUUUCACACCUUUCUCCUUUUCUUGAUCUUAAUUUCUACUUCUACAUAAAGAACCCUUUGCUAAAAUUUUAAGUCCCUUGUAUUUCCUCACCUUUAUACCAUAUCAGAAAUCGAAAAAAAUUUAAAAAAACCUCAACUAUAUGGCAAUCAAGAUUAGGCCAUUGGCAAUAUUUGUCAUAUUUUUCUGUUCAAUUUUCUUGACUGCAACAUCUAAAAGUUCCAAGAAAACUAUUGCAUGGUGGUGCAACGAACAGACACCACAUCCUGAAACAUGCAAGCACUUCAUCAGCCACAGGCACCAACAUUAUUCUCUCAAACAUAGGACAGAGUUUAGAAAAAUAGCUGUCCGAUUAGCCCUAGAAAGAGCCGUUACAGCACAAAAAAAGGUUUCUAAAUUAAAACCCAAUUGCCAUAAUAACCACCAAAAAGCCGUAUGGAUCGACUGUAACAAACUCCAUUCCGAUACCAUUACUCAACUAAAUCGCACUCUUCAUUGCGUAUCAGCCAAGAAAUUGAAACCGUGCUCGAAUUUCGACGUUCAGACAUGGCUAAGCACUGCCCUAACAAACAUUCAAACAUGCCGAACAGGUUCUUUAGACCUUAAAGUGUCGAAAUUCAUCACUCCAAUUCUGUCGAGUAAUUUAACUGAGCUUAUAAGCAACAGUUUAGCUGUUAAUGGAGUUCUACUGACGGUUAAAGAUAAGAACAACACAGAAGUGUUCCCGAGGUGGUUUUUAAAGAGGGAAAGGAAGCUAUUACAAUCGUCAUCGUUAGCCGGAAAUGCAAAUUUGGUGGUGGCGCAAGACGGGUCGGGUCAUUUCAGGACAGUUCAGGCGGCGAUUGAUGUUGCGGCGAAGAGGAGAUAUAUGACUAGGUUUAUAAUACAUGUGAAAAAAGGUGUUUAUAAAGAGAAUAUUGAGGUUGGAAUCAAUAAUAAUUAUGUUUGGUUGGUCGGCGAUGGGAUGAGAAAUACGAUAAUUACAAGUGGCAGAAGCGUUGGCGGUGGUUAUACAACUUACAGUUCUGCAACUGCUGGCAUAGAUGGUCUACGCUUUGUUGCUCGAGACAUUUCCUUCAUAAAUUCCGCCGGUCCCCUAAGAGGUCAAGCAGUUGCACUCCGAUCAGCCUCCGAUCUCUCAGUGUUCUACCGCUGCUCCAUCCAAGGCUACCAAGACACUCUUUUUGUCCACUCACAGCGUCAAUUCUACAAGCAAUGUUACAUUUACGGCACCAUAGACUUCAUUUUCGGAAACGCCGCCGUUGUACUCCAAAACUGCAUAAUUUACGUAAGACGUCCCUUAAAAGGUCAAGCAAACAUGAUCACAGCACAAGGCAGAAACGACCCCUUCCAAAAUACAGGCAUUUCAAUCCACAACUCAAGAAUUUUAGCCGCACCUGAAUUGAAGCCGGUGGCGCGUGCAUUUCAAACGUAUUUAGGAAGGCCGUGGAUGCAGUACUCUAGAACAGUAGUUUUAGGGAGUUUUAUUGAUAGUUUAGUUCAUCCAGCUGGUUGGUCACAGUGGCAAGGUAGUAAUUUUGCUCUUGACACGUUGUAUUAUGGGGAGUACAAGAAUUUCGGACCGGGGUCUUCGACGAGACAGAGGGUUAAAUGGAAGGGUUAUCAUGUUAUAACUAGCAGCAGUGUUGCCUCAACUUUUACUGUUGGCCGUCUUAUUGCCGGCCAGUCAUGGUUGCCGGCUACUGGAGUUCCGUUCACCGCUGGCCUUUGAUUAUAAUACCUGAUUUAUUUGAGUUUUUAUCUAUCGUGUAAUUAUUCUUUUUUUAUUAACAGUGCUUUUAUUUGUUUAUUCAUUAA